AUAAUAUUAUAAUUAUGGACCUAUACCAGAGAAUAGCUAGUGGCUGAUCAGAAAAGACCAAGAGGGACCUUGAGGGUCCUAAGAGCUUCGCUAGAGGAGGCAGACCCCUCAAGAUGCCUAAAGAUUACGAUUUCAAGGUCAGAAAUGUCAAUUGGAAGGAGUAUAAGCAUGAUUAUAUUUUGAGAACUGAUGCAGUUUGGGAAAAGACUAAGCUCCUUGAUCAUUUUUAUGCUAUGUAUAAAGUAUUUAUGUAUGAUUCCAAAACUAAUGCUUAUUUUGUAAAUGAUUUACGUGUUGUACCCAACCCUUCUACUGAAGCUGACCACCUCCUCGACUGGGCGCCCUUCCGUGGCUUCUCCACCGUGGACGGCCUCAUCUGGACUGUGAAGGGAGGCCCCAAGCUAUUUGCGACUCCAGCGUUCUCUCACUUUGUGUGUGACAAGGAGGGAGAUGCUUGGUACUCGUGCUUCCUUGCUUUCCAAAAGUUCAUGCGUUGUAACGAGCAUUCACCUGUCUCACUCGAAGAAGCUCAUCUUCACAAUGGAGGUUUUGAAAAAUACCCUUGCUUUGAAGAUGUCUCAGCAUUAUUUGUGGAUUGUGGUCCUGAUUUGUUCGAACAGAUGUACGAAAUGUAUAGACAACGUAUCAAAGGAAUGACAGACAAGGCUCCAAGCUAUGCUCGUCUCCAACUAUUCAAAGAUCCUAUGAACACUGUCUCAGACAGAAAAGUCAGGCAUUACUAGUUGCUUUUUGAGCGUGAAUUGACGAACAAAAAUUAUUUCAAUUGUU